ACAAAAACUAAACGAAUUGAAUGUAUAAAUUGGUUAAUUGAUAAUAGUCAGAAAAAAGCAGAGAAAAUAGCCCAAGAGAUUGAAAGUUCUCGAAAAAAAUUACGCAUACCAUUACCAAUAAAAAUAAAUGAUUUUCAAGAUAUAGAUUCAACAACGACUCCUAUAAUAAUAACAAAUAAUUUUUUAAAAGAGAUUCAUCUCGCAAAUCGACAUCAAACAAAAGAUAACGAUGAACAAGAACCAUCAUUAACUUCAGAAGAAGCACGCAUAGUUGAUAUUCAUGAGAAUUUAAAAAACAAUCAUGGACUAUUUAUAAUCUUGAUCAAUUAAAUUCGAUACAAAAAUAUAUAAAAAUUGUUGCAAAAAUUAUUGAUGAAGAUCAUCAUAAUAUUCAACGAUAUAGCGAUAAUGAUGAUGAUGAUGAUGAUGAUGAAAUCAAAUCAAAUCGAACAACAAGAGCAAGACAAUCGAAACAUGAUCAAGCCAAAAAAUUGUCACUCUAGUCGAUUUGUUUGUACGAGAUAGAAUAGAAAACGAACCAAAUAGACCAAAGACAUUAGCAGAAUCACCAAUUAGAAGGCCUAUUUCAGGUUAUUUAUGGUAAUUUAUAUUCAAAUUUAACUAAUAUCUCUAUUUUAGGUGCAUUAGAAGAAGCGAAUUGGGAUCCAAAUUUAUUAACAGCUUUAGAUAGAACUGUUCUGAAACGGAAAUAUAGAUAUGGUGAGAAUUAUCGACAAUUAGUUGAUCGUUUAAUAGAACAAUGCCGUAUUUCUUCUGAUGAUCAACAAUCAAAAGUGCGUGCUGUAGUUGUAUGGAUUACAAAUAAUAUACGUUAUGCUACAGAAAUGUCUCCACGUGAUAAUUCGAAAGAUGACAAUGAAACUGAUAUGGAUGAAUUGCGUCAUUUAAUACUUCAAACAUCGUCAUGUGUUUGUGUUGGUUAUGCAAUACUUUUCAAACGCAUGUGUCAACAUUUAAAUAUCCAAGUUGAUUACGUUACUGGUUAUACAAAACUAACGAAAUCUUGUAUUAAUGAUACAGCUAAU